AUGGGAGAUUACGGUCUCAAGGCCAAGCCCGGCCGCGACAUUGUGAUUGUGAUUAUUGUGUUUGCUAUUAUUUCAGUGAUAUCAGUAAUACUGAGAAUAUAUUCGAGAAGGAUACUGAAUAUCAGUUUGGCGUUUGACGACUAUCUUAUCGUGGUGGCGAUGGUAUUUGUCCUUGCAAAUGCAAUCCUAGUCAUAACAACCGUCACACGAGGCGGAGUCGGAUUCCACAUGAUCUCUCAAGUCCCUAUAGCAGAUGUCAAAUUCGUCCUCAAAGCAAUUAUCCCCAUGCAAGCAUUAUACGGCAUCGGUCUAGCUCUCGUCAAAACAUCCAUGAUGGGCCUAUACUGGCGACUAUUUGGCUCUAAAACGAGUUUCCGAACCGCCGUCUAUAUUGUUGGUGCGAUCGUCUGGGGCUGGGGUCUGAGUAUCGUCCUGGAGGUGUUUCUACUAUGUACGCCCUUUGAGUUCAACUGGAAUCAGGCAGUAGCUGGACAUUGUGCGAAUCGAAACGCGGCGUUCGUUGCUGCCGGUGUGCUCAAUUUAAUGACGGAUUUAUUGGUUUUGUCGCUGCCCGUGACACACAUUUGGAGACUGCAGUUAAGGACAGGACAAAAGAUCGGACUGAUUUUAGUAUUCAGUCUUGGUUUGUUUAUCAGUGCUAUCAGCAUGAUCCGAGUCAGGUCCGCUAUCUAA